UGACGGCGGGAAAAGAGUGAUGGCAGAAGCCAAAAGGCGGGAAGAAAUUGAGUUGGAACGCCCAAUCCUGGUUAUUAAUUAAAUUAAUUAAAUAAUAAAAUAGUUAUGAAUAUUAAUUGAUUUAAAUUAAUCAUUUACACACAGAUAUAUUAAUUUGAUUUGAGUGAGAAAAAGAAAACAGAAAACAGAAAAAAGAAAAUGGGUAAGAAGAGUAAGAAGAAGAGAAGUAGGGUUUCCGUCUCCGACAACGAAGAUGAAGAAAUGAAAUCGGAUAACAACGACGGUUCCAGUUCCGAUCAAAACCCGAACUCACUCUACCAGGUUCUUGGUGUGGAGAAGACAGCAACUAAACAAGAAAUAAAGAAGGCGUAUCAUAAAUUGGCGUUGAGACUUCAUCCUGAUAAGAAUCCUGGUGAUGAGGAAGCUAAAGCCAAGUUUCAGCAAUUGCAAAAUGUUAUCUCCAUUCUCGGGGAUGAAGAAAAACGGGCACUUUAUGAUGAAACUGGUUGUGUUGAUCAUGCUGACCUUGCAGGAGAUGUAGUUCAGGAUCUUCAAGAAUAUUUCAGAACAUUGUACAAGAAGGUCACUGAAGCUGAUAUUGAGGAGUUUGAAGCAAACUAUAGGGGAUCUGACUCUGAGAAAAAUGAUUUAAUUAGACUUUACAAGGAAUGCAAGGGUAAUAUGAACAGGUUAUUUUGUUCAAUGCUUUGUUCGGAUCCUAAACUCGACUCGCACCGAUUCAAGGAUAUUAUUGAUGAGGCUAUAGCUUCUGGAGAACUAAAGGAAAAGAAAGCGUACAAGAAAUGGGCAAAGAAAAUAUCAGAAACCAAGCCGCCAACUAGUCCUUUACGAAGGAAGCAAAAAUCAAGUAAGGAGCCAAAAACAGAUUUGUAUGCUAUCAUAUCAAAACGACGAGAUGAGAGGAAAGACCGGUUUGAUUCUAUGUUCUCGUCUCUAAUAUCAAAAUAUGGUGGAAGCCAUGUGCCAGAACCCUCUGAAGAGGAAUUUGAAGCUACGCAGAAAAAGAUGGAAAGCCGAAGAUCCGCAAAAAAGCCUAGGCGAAAGUAACCAAUUUGCCUUUCGGUAUAGUCUGUUUCUGUUAUGGUGAAUGUCACCUCACUAUUGUUAGUUGGAAUUCUUAACUCUUUUUAAGGCUGAACAAUGGGGUUAUUUUCGUAUACAAGUUAAUUUAACUUGUAGUUCAAGACGAGGAACCAUCGUACAAAUUUGUAGCCUGUGUUAUCUUUUAGCAAUUUAAGUUGCCAACGUUCUACCAUUUUUUAUUUAA